AUCUCCCAGACUCUUGUCAUCAGUCAUCCCAAGUCGUGUCUUGCGAUACUACAAUAUUCUAGCUUCUCCAACAAUCCAAUUCGUGCACAUACUUGUUUGUAGCAGCUGGUAUUAGCAAAAGAGAUCAUCUAGGUGGGUGCAGCAAAGAUGGCGAAGGAUAUUGAGGUUGGGGGCAGUACUCAUGAACAUUACGGGGCCAAGGACUACCAAGACCCGCCUCCAGCACCCCUUGUUGACCCCGAAGAACUCACCCAAUGGUCCUUCUACAGAGCCAUCAUCGCUGAAUUCAUCGCCACCCUCUUGUUCCUCUACAUCACGGUUUUAACGGUGAUUGGUUAUAAAAGCCAAUCUGACACCAAGGCCAACGGAGAUAUAUGUGGGGGUGUUGGCAUCCUGGGUAUUGCCUGGGCCUUCGGGGGCAUGAUCUUCAUCCUUGUUUACUGCACCGCUGGCAUUUCUGGAGGGCACAUUAAUCCUGCAGUGACAUUUGGGCUAUUCUUGGGUAGGAAGGUGUCCCUGGUCAGAGCAGUCUUGUACAUGGUGGCUCAGUGCCUGGGGGCCAUCUGUGGCUGUGGGCUGGUUAAGGCUUUCCAAAGGGCUUACUACGUAAGGUACGGCGGUGGUGCCAAUGGGCUAUCCGACGGCUACAGCACUGGCACCGGAUUGGCAGCUGAAAUCAUUGGUACAUUUGUCCUGGUUUACACUGUUUUCUCCGCCACUGACCCCAAGAGAAAUGCACGAGACUCUCACGUUCCUGUACUGGCACCACUCCCAAUUGGAUUUGCAGUAUUCAUGGUUCACUUGGCUACCAUCCCGGUAACUGGCACUGGUAUUAACCCAGCAAGAAGCUUUGGAGCUGCCGUCAUAUACGGAAAGGCAUGGGACGAUCAUUGGAUCUUCUGGGUUGGACCAUUCAUUGGUGCUGCAAUUGCUGCAUUAUACCACCAGUACCUUCUAAGAGCAGGAGCAGUGAAAGCUCUGGGCUCAUUCAAGAGCAGCACUCCCUAUUAAUUAAUUAAGCACCGCAACUCUUGUCUGUAUGCUGCAUCAGCAUGCAACGGAACGGAAGACUGCCCACUCUGGGCCUGGGAGGCAAAAUCAAGCAGUCCUUCCAUUAAUAAGUUGUGUAUAAUGAGUUGCCUGCUUUUCUAUCUCGGCAGUGGGCACUAGUUUUAUUUGUGCCUAAAGUCAUCCUUGUACCGGGCCGGGCUUCUCUCUCUCUCUUUGUUUUUUUUAGCCUUUACCUUUCAGUGUAGUCAUCAAAAAUAAUAAUAAAUCCGCUAGCGAAGUUAUGUUUGUCUGAAAUAA